GCUGCUGUUGUCGGCGGGGCUACCGCUAGCAUUAGCUUAGGGAGAUACUCUGAGGCGACGACAGCUAGCUACGCUAACAUUACACACGUAUUAUUUAAGAUAAAGUCCUGAUUGACUGCACUGCACAAAGAGCUAAUGUAGUCCGGCAAAGUGGAAACGUGUUUUGUGGAGUCAUACGAAGAUGUUUCGUCUGCCCGUCCCUGUAACGUCAGAUAGCGUAUUUUGAGAUGUAACUUCCUUUUCACAUCAGCUGCAAAAAAAAAAUCCAACAACAAACAGCAUUAGCAUCUGAUGCCAGAGCCCCGGGACAGCGGGAGCAGCGGUCUUGAAUCAGCUGUAUCAAUCGGCGGACAAGAGGAAAUGUCAACCCUCCCUCCGAACUGUUCCCAGCGAGCCCUGGAAGUGGAGAGAAUGAGAGGCGAGGGCUUGAGUGGAUAACACCGAGACGGAGGAGGAUGAUUUCACGAUACAACAGAAGACCUGUAUCACACAAACUCGAGAUUCGUGGGUUGUCUCGAAGCAGUCUCGACCACCAUCCUCUCCCAGAGGAAGCAGACGAUAACCAAACCCCUCAGCGCUACCUCCAUGACCUCCAGGAAUCUGUCUCCACACACAACAGCUCAGAGACGUCUGCAGCCUCCGGCGACUCCGACUGUCCCACCGUCCUCUCUGUAGACUCCAACCAGUCCUGGUCUGGUUUCCGCAGCUCCACAGGCACUGGUAUAUCCACAGAGAGGAGCUCUGUCUUCUCCUGGGGCUACGAUGAGUUCGACAAGGCAGCGUCACGACAAGUGCAGCAAAUGUUUGGGGAGAUCGACAAAGAGCUGUAUGAGGGGAGAGGAAGCGGUGGCGGGAUACUCAAGGGGCUGCAGGAUGAAUGUGAGCAGUGGGCCACACGUUUCCCUCAUCUGCGGAUCCUCGGGACUCAGCUGGUGUAUCCCAGUGAUGAGGGCUUCCAGUGGUACGCGACUUCAGGGAUGAGCAUCUCUACCAGCAGCCCAGCAGCAGGCACCGAGGGCAGGGUGACGUCCCAGGAGACAGACGAGGGAGGCAAAGAGUUGAAUGUGCAGGGCAGGAGAGCGGCACUGAUCACGUCCUCCUCAGCAGAGCCGGACGGGCCCCCUAGCGCCUCCGCCGGCUCCAGCAGUCAUUACAAACGAGUGAUUGAAGUGGAGGGUCUCAUGGAGGAGUACCUGGCCUUCGAUAGCAGGGACUUGGAAGACAAGUGGGCGCAGGAUUGUUCAGAGUCAGGUCGGAAGCAUCACUCUCUGCCCCCUGUCUCGCCAUAUCGAUGUCGCUACCAAGCUGUUCUUGACCUGCUCUUUGAUGAUGUGUGGCGGCAGCUGGUUGGCUGGAUGAAAGAGCUAGUUCGGCGCCACUGGGAAUGCUGCACCUCAAACGAUGAAAAGACUUCUGGGAGCCUGAGCCCCGUGCACCAAGACUCCCAGAAUCCCUUCAUGCUGCUCUCCACGCUGCCCACGCUGCUGCCCAAACUCGGUCAGAGCAGGGGCCCGCCGCUCACAGCAGGCCUGCAGCUCCAGAACACAAAGUCAAGGGGCUCAAAGCACAAGUCCAGACGGAAAUCCAAAAAGCAGAAAAGGCCGUCCGCUGCUGGAAGGGUUCCAGUUGGAGCAGUGGCGACCCAGCACAGCCUGAACGACCUCAUUGUGAUCCACAGCAUCCCCCUGCAGCAGAGGAGUGCGCUUGAGAGAAACCACGAGCCAGAAGAACGGGCAUCCCACAGACCGGGCUCCAGCGCGGUCCCCUCCAGCAAACCCCGCCCUCGCCGAAACCUGGAGCAGAGCUCUUCCCCGCUGUCCCGCCCAGCACAGUCAGCUCGACGCAGAAACCCUCCCCCCCGGACGCUCCUGCCACUGGUGCCCAGUCUGAGUCAGUUCAGCACAGCGGGGUCCAUGGAUGAGGUCGUCCGCGGGACACGUCUACCCACGGCCAGUGACCACCUGUCGUCUCCUCUGUCGCCUCUGAGCAGAAACACACUUCUUCCCCCCAUCAGCAGCGGGGACCCAGAUUCCUCUCAGUCCAAACCUGCACAGCGUCGGAAAGGCUCGUCCAGCCGCGCACACAGUGCUAUCAACGACGAGGCAGGUGGUUCAAUACCAAGGGAUCGUCUCCACCUGUUGGACGUCUUCUCUCGCCCCAACACCACUCACACGUACAGGUCGGACACCCCGUACCGUCGCUCCUUCACAGUAUUGGACAGCAUCGGGCAGGGGCGGCCAGGCAGAGCCUCUGUGGGCACAGACUCUCUUGGAAUUGGUGUGACCGGCGUCAGUCUUGGCAUCAGCAGUUCAUCUUUCUUGGAUUCAUUUUCCCACCAUCCCUUGGGGCACUCGCCCAUCGAAGACGAAGAGGAGCCAGACCACCAAGCCCCUGUCCCAGUAGCUCCACUGGUGCCUGUGUCUGUCCCACCUCGGUCUUACACCCGUGGAGGCAUCUCGUCCAGAGCCAGUAGACUUGGCUUGUAGUCCAACACUCCACAGCAUCUGUGCCCAUUUAACAUUUCUUGUCUCAACUCAAGUAGCAUAUUUUAUUUUCACUGUGCUGCUUUGGCGAAAUUUUUGUCUGACUUUUUUUUAUUUCACAAAUCAGCUUAUGUGGCUGCCAAACACAAAUGACUCAACAGGAACUCCAUCUUCAUGUACGGCGUGAGCUGUACGUGUAGACAUACGUUCAAAUAUGUAUGAUCUGAUUGUGUAUACAUCUACACAGCUCAAAAAAGUUAAGGGAACACUUAAAUCAGAUCUUGGUAAACAAAUCAUUCAAGUUGAACAUCUUUACUGAUGUACAUUGUAUGAUUUGUUGAGAACAAAAUUACGUAACAAUGGUCAGUGGAAACCAAAAUCAUCAACCCACUGAGGGCUGGAUUCAAAAUCACACCGACAAUCAAGAAUGUCAAUGACAGGCUGACCAAUUCGCGUGGCUUUUGCAAUGGUAACUCAGAAUGUGACUCAUCAGUGUGUAUGGCCCCAACGUGCCUGUAUGACCUCCGGACAACAUCAGGGCUCCUGAUGAGUCGGGGGACGGUGUCCUGGGGGAUCUCCUCCCAGACCUGGAUCAGGGCAUCAUGAGCUCCUGGACAGUCUGUGGAGGUACUUAGUGGUGACAGAUGCACCGAUAUAUAACGUCCCAUAAGUCAGGGGAACGAGGGCCAGUCAGUGGCAACAAUGCCUUCGUCAAUCACUCUGAGGAUUCUAUCCUCAGUCAGUAAUUGACUAUGCAGGUAAUAGCACAUCCAUCCAAAUAGAUAGAGGGGAUAAAAAAACCCCCACUAAUGUUCUCUGAUGUGACAGAGAGUUCAGUACUGUAUCUUUUCAUAAGGUCACAAUUUUCAAACACCUUUUGACCCAGAGCUUAUUGUAUAUCAUUGCACACAGGGAAGAGAACAAAAGAAACCACCUUAGAGUUUUGUGUUUUCCAUAAGAAAUCAGAAGAGGGAAUGUGGCGAGUGUAUGAGACCUGGCAGAACAUCUCUGCAUCACAGGACUUUACUACUUCUCAGGAUAAUGUAGGAAUACAGGAAACUGUCUGUAAAUAACUGUACAAAUGACUGUAUUUGAUGUAAAUGUAUCUUAAUCUCCUGAUUAUAGCCAAGUGGGGAAGCUUUGACACAUACCACCAGGUUCACUGCAGUUUUCCCGUCCAUCUUUUAUAAAAUUAUUAUAUCUGCCAGCAGCCAUGCUACAAAGGUGACAAAGGUUGAAAAUCAAAGUGUUUCUUCUGUGUAUUUUCUUUUGAUGCUAUUUUGUAUAAAAGAAUAAAAGCAAUGUACAAAUGUAUAAAUAUGAACUUUAUUUGUGUUUAGAAAGACUGACUGCAAAAUACAUACAUGAUAAGAAAUUAAAGAUGAUAAUUAAGUGUUGCUCCAACAGCUACCGAUGCAAAAUAAAGGAGAGUUUUAAACAAUU